GUGACAAAGUUUUGAAUCGAUUGAAUUAUAUACCUAUGCAAUUGUUUUGCGAUUUCUUGUUGGCCCUAACCAAGCAUACCAAUUUGGAAAAACUCUCUAUGUGCUCCUGGGAAGGAUUGAAAAAUUCUGAGUUGGAAUAUUUCCUGACAGUAUUUGAAUUUGUGGCCGAUAAAUCGUUCAGUUUGGAUAAUGAACAGACAGAGUGGUCUAAAAUAUUGAAGGAAUUGUUUGAUUCGGUCUUUAAAAGUCCUCUGCAAAAACUCACUUUCUUAAUUGAUUUCUAUGUGUAUGAAGAACAUGCAACUGUUGCAGAAUAUCCGGUGUUACGCGUGAGAGCUUUCCAACUUGUCCAAAGUUUGUUGAAAAAUAACAAUAACCUGAAAUUAGAAGCUCUACAUAUUUUCAAAAUUACCAUUGCUUUAUUAAGUUCAUCACAAGUUGUGCGUUCGGAAGCCCUGGCAACAUUGAAAGUUUUACUGAAUGAAACCUCUACAGUUGAUUGGGAAUUGGAAUUCUUCGUGAAAUCAGUUCUUGAACGUUCGGAAGAGAUAUCAAUGGAUUCAGAACAAUAUCCCUUGAUUUUGUACGGCCUUUUGAAAGGCGGUGAAAAUAAGCAGACAAUUACAAUGGGUUCCAAGAUAUUGAAAGGCAUUUUAGCCAUAUUUGGCAAACACGAGUCUUUAGAACAAGCAGUGUUUGUUGAAAAACUCCUACGCAUUAUAGUUCACAUCAGUGAUGAUACAGAAAUUAUUAAAAGCGUAGUGCCUUUGGCCUCAAGGGCUUUGCAGCUCUUUACAUUGGAUCAGUCAUUGCAACAUUUGAAGGAACCAUAUGCUUCAAUUGUCCGCUUAGUCCUAGAACGCUUUAAUACCUCAUACAUUGAAGAUGUUUUGCUGAAAAUUGUAUGGUAUUCCUCGAUAGCGAAGAUGGACUGAAAAUCAGUUACCUGUGUUUUCUUGGAGUCUCUAGACGAAUUUAGCUUCGAGAAAAUGCCAUCGAAAUACAAAAACCAGUUCUUGUUAUUGCUCAUCAAGACUUUGGCUAUCGCUGAGAACGAUAGCAUUUUCUUGGCAGCAAAUAAACUGUUGAAAAAAUGUACCGUUAACUGCGAACCGUUGCAUGAAAUCAUUCAUAAUAUGUACAAGGCUUGUUUGGAUAGUAGCAAGUCGUCAACACCUCGUCGUGGCGCCAAUAAACGUGAAACGAUGCAAUCACCAGUGUUGCAUGUCAGUGGUCUCGAGUGGAAAAAGGGUGUGGUGUUAAUGGAAAUUUUGGAAAAUAAAAAGAAACUAGAAAAUUGUACCGUCUUAAUACCGCCUCUUUUCGAAUUGCUCAAUUGUUGCUUGGCGGUGGAGGAGCAAACAACCGUCGAAUAUACCAAACAAUUGGUAUUGUCUGCAUUGCUCAAUUGCUGCCAAAAGGCAACAGAGGAUAAUGUUAAUUUGCAGACUGCACUACCAAAGACAUUCCGUGUGGACCAAAUUGUACAGUGCCUUCGAGCUUCGCAAAAUCCCCAAACCCAUCACAAUGCUUUGCUUUUGUUGUCCCAUUGUGCCGCUCUAUUUCCUCAACAGGUACUACACAAUAUAGUGGACAUAUUUACAUUUAUGGGUUCUUCGGUGGUGCGCCAUGAUGAUGCCUUUAGUUUCCACAUUAUCAACGAUAUCAUUGUAUCCAUUGUGCCCAUAUUGGUAAAGGACAAAACCGCUGUCAUACCUGUGCUCAAAGUCUUCUCCGAUAUAAUGCUCGACGUUCCCGAACACCGACGUUUGCCGUUGUACACCAAACUAAUAAAGACCUUGGGAUCCGUCGAUCACCUUUGGAUGUUUUUAUGCGUGGUUUUCGAAGCGCAUGUAAUUGACGAUGAAAAACAAAGAAUGUUACAAAAGAAAUCGGCAAAACCUUCAGUAGCAUCGGCCGAUCAAAUGUCUAAGCGGAUUGAAAUUGUCCUCGAGCUAAGUAAUACCUUUGCUCCCGACGAGAUAUUGGAAACCUGCAUUCAGCUGAUGAAAUAUACUGCAGAGUUACCCAUGCAAAAGCAAGAAAAAUCUGAAAGGAAAUCACUUACUAACGCCGACAAUCAUGAGGCCAGUCUAUUUGAUGUGAAUGCUCGCUCGGCCAAACAGCUAAGGCAUUAUAAAUACGUUAUUAUGCAAUUCCUUUCGGCUAUCACAUCUUCUGACGAGUUCCUAAAGAAAAUAGCAAAGCUAACGGAUGAAGAAAUUUUGGAAAUGAAAUCCUACUAUCAGAAACUUAUUAUACGCAUACUCUCCUAUGUACCCAAUGUGACAUCAGCCAUUGAAAAGGCCGAGGAGGCAUCGUUGCAAAAAUUCUGGAAAGUUAUACUUCAUCAUCUGCACGAUGUUUUGGACAAUUCAAUAUCUCUGCUAUCGGCUGAAAUGUUUUUAGUUGUCGUCAAUGGCCUAAUGCACCAUCAACUGUUGUCCAUACGUAAAAAGGUCAUCGAACUUUUGAUUAGUAAACUACAGCAAAGAGAUGGCUUCUUUGAUUAUGUGGAUUCCGAACACUUUGAUAAUCUGCUGCAACCGUUGUCGGAAAUUAUAAACGGUAUUUUGGUGCGUGAUGAGAGCGUUGACCCAGCCCAUCAAAAUGAAUUGAUCUUUUUGCAACAGACAGCUUUAAUAGCAAUUAAACUCUUAUCGAAGACGUUCGCCAUUAAACAUAUUCCUGAAUUUAAGGAAAUUUUGACAACACUCACGAAAAUUACCCGACAGCGCACAGCCAUUUCAAAAAUUGUUCUGGCUACGGUGGUUUUGACGAUGAUUGAAAUCUCUUCCAAUUUGAAGGCACACUCUAUAGCUCAUUUACCCAAAUUUAUGCCUCAACUCAUUGAAAUAUUGCAAGAUCACGCGGAAUUAGUUCGUCAACAGCCACCAGAUAAUAUUUGUGUGGCCAUUGUAACUGGUAUGCAAAAACUUUUUGAAACUCUACCAUUGUUCCUGGGCCCCUAUAUUGUGGAUAUUAUUACUGCACUCAGUUCAAUCGGUACACGCAUUAGAGCGCAGAAUAAUGAAAAGGAUCAACGAUCGAGCACAACCCUACAGAAAAUUACAAUAAUUUGGUCAAAAAUAGCAACUGAUUUACCAUUGCGUAUUCUUGUGCCUUCUUGUGACAAGGCCUAUGCCCGCUUAAUGACAACCAAGAAUUAUGCUGAUAUAAGCGUACUUAUGAAACUUCUGCAUCAGGCCAUUGCACAUGCAGAAAAUAAAGACCUGACGGCAGUGCAUUCGGAAUUAAGCACCAUGUUUAUGCAGGCUUUAGAAUUCCGAUUACUACUAAAGGAUUCUAAUGUAGAUGGAGAUGUUGUUAGCAAAACUGAAACUACAAUCGUCGAGGCCUUUGUUGCUUGGGUAUUGAAGCUAUCGGAAAGUUCAUUUAGGCCCUUGUACCACAAACUUUACAAUUGGGCAUUCCAGCAUGACCAGCCUCAGAAGGAGACCAUGUUAACCUAUUUCUUACUCACACAAAAAAUAGGCGAGUCAUUGAAGUCAUUGUUUGUACUUUUUGCCAGCGAAUUUAUCGAAGAUGCUGCCCGUCUAUUAGAUGAAUGUAAUGCCCUCAAGACGGAAAUACCAAGCAACGAGGAACCGCUAAUAACUCAACUACUAAAGACCAUACUGGCUACCCUGUACAAUAUUUUCUUAUAUGAUAGCAAGGAAUUUGUAAAUGCCCAACGAUUUGAAUAUCUUAUGCCCGCAAUUGUUGAUCAAUUGGAAAAUCGUUUAGUUCUGGAAGAUGAAAGUCUGCAAGCAGUGCUCGGACAAUGUAUAGCUCAACUUGCUGUUGAUGUGUCAAGUGACGUUAUGUGGAAACAACUAAAUUAUCAAGUUUUGCUUAAGACACGUACGACUGUUCCCGAAGUCCGUAUAUUUGCCUUUAAUUGCUGCGUUGAGAUUGCACGCAAAUUGGGCGAAGAUUUUACUCCAUUGCUACCCGAAACAGUACCAUUCAUUUCAGAACUGUUUGAAGACGAAAAUCCUCGAGUGGAGAAGAAUACUAGAAAAUCGGUACAAGAAUUGGAGGUUAUUUUAGGUGAAUCUUUACAAAAAUAUUUGUAAUUAAUUUUUU